UCCUAUCUCUCUCUAGUUCUCUGUCUCCACGCCCAACAAAAAAGCAGGAAGGAGUGCGGCUCUCUCUCUCUUUCUCUCUGUAAAGUUUAGGAAAAUGGCAGAGGUCAGUAUUUCAGUAAAUCAGGACGAGUUCUGCUGUUCAGUCUGUCUGGAUGUUCUGAAGAAUCCAGUGACUGUUUCCUGUGGACACACUUUCUGUAUGGUGUGUAUCAACAACUGCUGGGAUCAGGAGGAUCAGAGGGGGAUCUACAGCUGCCCUCAGUGCAACGAGACCUUCACUCCAAGACCUGUUUUACAAAAGAACAGCUUAGUAGCUGGAAUAUUGGAGAAACUGAAGAAUAUGGAUCUUCAAGCUGCAUCUCCUGCUGGAUCUGGAAAGGUGGAGUGUGAUGUCUGCACUGGGAGAAAACUCAGAGCUGUGAAAUCCUGUCUGACGUGUCUGGCCUCCUUUUGUGAAACUCAUCUUAAACCUCACUAUGAAGCUCCUGCUUUAAACAAACACAAGCUGGUCAAAGCUUCCAAACAGCUCCAAGAGAAGAUCUGCUCCCAACACGACAAACCCAUCGAGAUCUACUGCAAAACCGAUAACAGUCCUAUCUGUUAUAUGUGUACGAUGCAUGAACACAAAGGUCACGAUACAGUAGCAGCUGAGGCAGAAAGAACCCAGAAACAGAGUGAGAUAAAGGAGAUACAGGAGAAAAUGCAGAGGAGGCUGCAGAAGAAAGAGAAGAUGCUACAGGAGCUGAAGGUGGAAAUUAACACUCUUAAGAUCUCUGCUCAGGCAGCGGUGGAGGACAGUGAGAAGAUCUUUACUGAGAUGAUCCGCUCCAUUGAGAAAAAGCGCUCUGAGGUAAUGGAGCUGAUCAGAGAUCAGGAGGAGACUGGACUGAGUGAAGCUGAAGAACUCCUGGAGAAACUGGAGCAGCAGAUUUCUGAUCUGAAGAGGAAGAACACUGAGCUGAACCAGCUUUCCCAAACUGAAGAUCACAUCUCUUUCCUCCAGAGUUUCCACACUCUUUGCAUCUCUUCCGAACCUAAGGAUUCAUCCAGCAUCUCCAUCCAUCACCAGCUCUCAUUUGAUGGAGUGAAGAAAUCCCUCACUGACCUGAAGGAUCGACUGGAGCAAUUCUACAACUGGGAAUUCAGCGUAGUUCCUGCACAGAGUUCCACAGUUGGUGUUCUUCAGACCGUUUCAGCCCUGGAGCCAAAGACCAGAUCUGAUUUUCUGCAGUAUUUCUGUCAGCUACAUCUGGAUCCCAACACACUGCAUCAUUACCUCAGUCUAACUAAGAAUAUGAAAGAGGUGUGUUCGAGAGGAUCAGAGGAUCGGUAUCCUGAUCAUCCAGACAGAUUUGACUACAGAAAUCAGGUGCUAAGUAAAGAGAGUGUGUGUGGUCGAGCUUACUGGGAGGUUUACAUGAAUAACCUUAUUGGAUCAAUUUCAGUCUCAUAUAAAGGGAUCAGCAGGAAAGGGGAUAAUGAGAGUAUGUUUGGACGCAACGAUCAGUCCUGGAGUCUGGAGCGUUUUUCUUCUAACCGUCCCUCAUUCUGGCACAACAACACUGAGACUAUUCUCACAAAGCGUCCACCUCGCAGAGUAGGAGUGUACGUGGACCACAGAGCAGGAAUUCUCUCCUUCUAUGAAAUCUCAGACACAAUGACCCUCCUACACACCGUCCAAACCACCUUCACUCAGCCCCUCUACGCCGGGAUCAGGAUCAGCACUGGUUCAUCAGUGAAACUGUAUGACUUGGUAGAGAUUAGGAGUGAAUAAAUUAGAAAUUGUAAUUAUUAAGUUUGUUCCGAUUUUCAAUUAAAAAUGAUUGUGUGGAAUGUUUCGAUGCAUUUGUCAUUUUUUCUACACACUCUUUCAAAUCAGCUAGUUUAAUUUCAAGUACUAACCCAGCACACCUACAUUCUGCAAAUGGGGUCAGAUGAUCACACACUCACACACUGUCCUGUGAUGCUCUCAGAGUAGUCAGUAGGCUUUGCCAGAAGCCGAAGAUACAGAAAUGCUAGUGCUAGCAAAAGAGCCAUUUCUGUUCAUUUUUGAAAUUCGAGAUGACAUGGAAAUGUUUUUUGAAUAAUUGUUAAAAUGCAAACUGAGAAUUCAUUGUAUGCUUAAAGAAUGAAAUAAACACAAAUGUAAUCACA